CACAACAAAUCAUAACACUCGGACAAUAGGCCUGGCUGUCCAAUGAGUUCCUAUUUUGUAAACUCAACUUUCCCUGUGUCUCUCCCCGGAGGACAGGAGUCCUUUUUGGGUCAGAUACCGCUAUAUUCCUCCGGAUAUACCGACCCUUUAAGACACUAUCCCAGCGGCACAUACGGAGCUUCCAAUGUUCAAGACAAGGUUUACCCAUCCUCCUAUUACCAGCAAGGUACGGGAGUUUACGGUCGGACUGCAACCGGCGCAACCGACUACACAAGUAGUUUUUACCGAGACGCUGAGCGCUCGUGUCCGCUCGGGGGACUGGAUGAGCACCCGCUUGUGUUAACGCAGGACCAGUGCAAGACCGACUGUUCGGAACAAAACACAGACAGAUACCCAGGCGGCGAUGACAAGUUGUGCACUCCAGUUUACCCCUGGAUGCAACGAAUGAACUCUUGUAACGGGCCCUCGGGUCACACUGGCCGCAGGGGUCGUCAGACGUACACGCGCUUUCAGACACUGGAGCUGGAGAAGGAGUUUCAUUUCAAUCGGUAUCUAACCCGUCGACGCAGAAUCGAGAUCUCUCACGCUCUAUGCCUAACGGAACGGCAGAUAAAAAUAUGGUUCCAGAAUCGUAGGAUGAAGUGGAAAAAGGAAAAUAAAGUGAUAAACUCCACGAAGCCCAUCGAAGAGGAGGAUGGCGACACGAAGAAGGAGUAAAGAUGAACUGAUAUUGGUCAUUCUAAAAGAAUGAAUAAUUCCAUGAUUUAAUUUAAAAUGUGCGUGAUGUGUCAUAAGUAAAAAUCUUAUUACCAGUUAAGAAAAAGCUAGGCCUGUCUAUCCAAGAAAUACGACAAAGGCUAUCACGACAACAAUUUCAAUGAUAGAACAUUUGGCUUUAUCGUAGAACUUGUCUUCUGGAAUCCAGAGGUUCCCCUCUGCCUUGUUGAAACUACCUAAACUGCCAAGAGCUUAUAUUUUAUUAUUCUGUUUUUUUUUGUGUUUGUAGUAUUGUCAAUAGCAUAGAUAUCUAAGGACAAAGUCACUAAAUCAGCGUGCACAUUUUGAACUUUGUCCAUCUUUACCUAAUAAAUUAUCUCGCGCGCUCUUCGUGAGAUGACAUUUUGCACCUGUAUUUGAAAUGUUUUGUACAAUACUUAUUUAUUAUUUUGUCAUGUGUCCGUGUAGCUACAUGUAACUUCGAAAUAGCGU